CACCUCCUGUCUCCCCUUUGAACACACCGAUACGGCACGCCGUCCCUCUCGCCUCGCACCGUCGCACGGACACGAACGCGCGAGCCACCGAAUCGGGCCGAGCCGGAUCGAGCUGACGAUCCGCGGAGGAGGACCCUGCCGCGGGUUCCUCCUUGCCGCGGCCGACGAUGGACUUAGGCCUCGGCGGCAUGGGUAAAAGCGGGAGCGGCGGCGCCCGGGACAGCUCGUACGCUCUCGGCGGGGGCGGCGCGUCGGCGGCGGCGUGGACCCGGCUGGUCAGCUCCGGCUUGGAGGACGAGUUGGUGGGCGCGGGGGGAAGAGGAGGCGGAGCGGGGGCGGGAGGGCUGCUGCAGGGGCACUUUUUGGAGGCUUGCUUCCUCUGCCGGAAGCCGCUCGCCAGCAACCGCGACAUCUUCAUGUACAGAGGUGACAUCCCAUUCUGCACCGAGGAGUGCAGGAGGGAGCAGAUCGAAAUGGACGAGGAGAUGGAGAGGAAGGAGAGCACCCCCAAGAAGGUGGCGCCGAGAGCGCCGUCCCCCAAGGACGUGGAGUCCCCGCCGAGGCCUCCCAAGGCCCGGGCCGGGUCAAUCCUCGCCGGCUAACCCGAAGGAGGAAGCUCUCAAGGUAGUCUCCUCCGCAAGCGAGCUCGUGUUCUUCCCUCAAAACCAAAGAUCAGAUCCCCACUUAGUGUUACGUAUAUGGGUUUGUGUUUUCUUCUUUCUUUAAACCUCUUACGCCUUUGGUUGCGUUGUGACUUGUCAGUGCCCGCCUACAUCGCUGACGAUGUAUAGAGAUGGAAGGAGAGAGCGCUGGGUAGUAGGCACACAGCUUUCUAUGCUGCUGUGUUUAUUGUAUGGGUUUUCUGGUCUUCGUUUUUGGGGGAUUUUGUGAAUACCCAGCAUGGUAGUAAUUGGUGAAGGUGUUAGGUUUAUGGUUUUCCUAAUGACCUGAUGAAACAUAUGGCUAUAGAAGAAAUGGACAUAUGAAUGGACCCUUGACUUUCUCC